GCAGAAGCCCCCGCACAGGCACAGUCAGCCGGACUGGCAUUUCAGAGCGGCACAGUUGCUCAGACAACGACACUGUCAGACGGACCCAAAACUUUAUGAUCUGAUGACUCUCACGCCGGAUAACAGGAAGAUCCGAAGCUAAUAAGCAUUUAGCAAAUUAACAUGCAUUCGGUUACGUUUGCAUAACUUAAAAAAAACGUAUAAGGAAUAUUUUAAAUUAAGGAACAUCGUUAAUUUUCACUGACAAAACAAUGGGUUUGGUGGUAGUUUUUUGAGGACGUUUUUCUAAUCUUGGAGGUUAAGGACUCUCGUUUCGCCUGGCAUGCGUAUCUUCGUACAUGUGAUCAUGCUGAGGAACAGUCCCACUCACCUGUUGGGAGCACAUUGGCUGCUGUGCCUCUUGGAAGCAGCUGUGCUGGUGUCCAGCAGCAAACUGUGGGAGGUUCCCACAGCCCCCUUCACCUUGGCCGCCAACAGUACUGCCAAGCUGUUAUGGGAGCCACAGUGCCAGGCUCAGCUGCGCCACCUACAGGAUGGGGGAAGCAUCAGCGCAGUCAUCCCACCAACGCUGGACGGAAACUGGGUUUCGACCAGGUGUGAAGUGCGACCUGGUCCGGAGUUCCUGACCCGGUUAUAUACGUUCUACCCGAGCCGACUGUUCAAAGCCCUGCAGUUCUAUUACAGGGACAGCAGGUGUCAGGACCCAGCCUACUCACUGGUGAUCAGGGGCAAACUGCGUCUGCGGCAGGCUUCCUGGGUCACCCGCGGGGGCACCGAGGCUGAGCACCACUUACACAGGGUGGCCAUCAUCUUCCACAGCUCCGCGGCGGUACAGCAGGUCGCCGCCCGCUUGCCGGCCGUCUGUCGAUGCAGUGGCUCGGAGUGCUGGGUGCCCGGGCGGCUCUACGAUCUGUUCAGCCCCAAGGCGGGCCGGGACUGCCUGGGGGCUCUGGGCUUCUCCAUGCUGGAGUUGGACCUCCUGCGCCUGGAAAGCCGGCAGCAGAUCCACAGCAGACUGGUUCAGGAGCUUUUCCUGGGAGACAUCCACACGGAGUGGGAACAUCGCACCCGCUAUCGGCCCACUGGCUACCAGACGCCGCUACAGAACACAAUGAACCAUGUGCACCCGUGCCCGGUGUGUGGCCUGGCGUACCGCUCCUCGGAGCUGCACCCGCCUGUGCUGCCAUCUUCCCCAACCCUGCCGCUGUCCCUGGACGGGCGCUGGGUCAGCCAGCGCUGCGAGGUGCGGCCGGCCGUGCUCUUCCUCACGCGAGACUUCACCUUCCAUGAGGACCUGCGUGGCUGGGAGGGCCUCUACCGGCACUACUCUGACCCCAUGUGCCGCCAGCCGACCUUCAGCGUGCGGGCAUGGGGCCACUACGCCCGCGUGGGGCCUUCGCCCGUGAUACACGGCGCCACUGAGUUCGUCUUCAAGGUCACGCGGGCCACAGUGGUCGCUCAGGAUGAGGCUGUCGCCAGGGAGUUUAAUGCCUCCCAGGGGGGCAGCUGCGGGCAGGCCGGGGGCUGGGCGGUGGGUGUGGAGCAGGAUAUCACCCCCACACAUGGAUGCACUCCGCUGGGGAUCAAGCUGCCACACAAAGAGUACGAGCUCUUCAAGAUAGAGUUCGAUCACAAACAGCGCCCCCUGCUGUUCACUGGAGAAAGGCCGACCGAUGGCUCCAGUCCAGACCGUCCCCACAAGCGCCCUACAUCCUACCAGGCUCCGCUAAUCCAGUGCAGAAUGGAUGUCAGUGGGUCCCACCGCCACGACCAGCAGAGAUCUUUCACUUUCCAGCCUGUCAGUGGCGUAGCCUCUCUGACGUGGCUCCUUGCUUUGGUCUUGGCCUCCUUGUUCGGUGGCUGGUGUGUCGUACAGACCCCGUGACAUAUAUGCUGCUGGAAGUCGAGCUUGCCUUGCUGUGUCGUUACCAGCAGAAGUAUGAAUGUUGUGCAUCAAGCCUUAUUCUUUAGCCGUCUUUAUUUUACCGUGUUUGUCAGGAAUACAGAUCGGAAUGUGCAGAAACACGUGGAAUAUGGUGCUUAUCCUAAGAAUGUCCCUAAAAACCAAAUAGAAUCAUCUUUUUACUGCAGUUAUAACAUUAUAUUUCAUAUGAAUCUGUCUGUAUAAAUAUGUUUUUAAUAUCAGAUAACUGCCUAACGCUGGAGAACUAUCUAUUAGUGCCAUCUUAGAACAACACUUGUGGCAGUUUGAUGAUAGGCCCUUGUAUAACAGCUUUGUACGGAUUAGGAUGUAUUUUCUCUGUCCACGGCUGUACAGUAUUAAUAACGUAAGGUGUGUCUCUCUAUGCAUAUAUAUCCGUGAACUUUUAUUUUGAGCAUAGGAUGUAGACAUUCCAGAUGACAAACUCUUAAACGGAACAUAAAAUCGCAAAAAAAAAAAAAUUCAUCGCAAAACGGGAAAUGCAGUACUUUGGAUGUGAAAAACAGACUGAAAAGCUUUUGGGAAGAGCGCGUGUUUUUCAGCAUAGGAGCCUGCAUCCCUGCUGUGUCACACGUCCGCUGUCUCGGUGCACCAGCUCAGUGUCUGAGGGACUGCGAUGACUAUGAUGACCAACUUGGGUGAAGGACAGUGAACAAUCAUUGCCUCACUGCACCUCAGCUACAAAGAAACCCAUAAGCAGUUUGUGGACGGUCCCUGAAUCCAGCACAGACAGUGGAUGGGAAACUACGCGACAGUUUAAUGAAGCUGUUUAAAGACGUACCCGGGGGGGUCCUUCUUGGGUUUUGUACAUGAUGAAUAUAAAGCGAUGUGACGCCAGUCAGACACGUAUUUAUUGUUAUCCUAAGAUGUUUAAACAAUAGAUUGCUUUGUUCCCCAGUUUUAUACCAAAUCAGAUACGUGGGUGCCAAAGAUGCUCGUAUUAACUGCUUUUAUAUCGGAUCUUUGCAAUUUUAUCAAUAAUUUUGUCUAAUAUAAGUUUCAUUAAAGUAUUUUAUGAUACAGUUA